UUUGGAAAUUAUUUCAUCUUGUACUGAUGGAGAUUUAGCAGGCAAAGAAAAUAUGAAUCUUAACCAAAGGAAACAAGGAGGGAAUGGUGCCACAGAUUAUGAAAGUUUAGACAAGGUUCUAGUAAAACAUGUCACGAGACUGGAAAAGGAGAAGAUGGGAAUAUGUGAAGGGGAACAAACGGGGAUGAAAUGGAAGAGAAGAAACACCAAAAGAGAGAUGGAGAGUAGCGAAGGCAGUUUGGACCAAAUUUUAGUCAAGCACAAGUCAAGACUUGAGAGGGAAAAGAUGGCUGCUACUGAGCAAUACAGUGUUGAUGAUCAAAUCAGUCAUUCAGUUUCUCGUCGACAGGCUCGGGAGAGAGAGUCGCAAGAAGCAUGGGGAGGCUUGAGCUUAGGGAACUGUAUGCUCCCUCAUGUCUCCAUACUCGAAAGAGAUAAGGAUGGUGUCGACCAUGUCGAUGAUAAGUAUGGUGUCGACCAUGUCGAUGAUCAAAUCAUACAUUCAGUUUCUCGUCGACAGGCUCGGGAGAGAGAAUUGCAGGAAGCAUGGGGAGGCUUGAGCUUGGGGAAUUCUAUGCGCCCUCAUGUCUCCAGACUCGAAAGAGAUAAGGAUGGUGUCGACAAUGUUGAUGAUCAAAUCACACAUUCAGUUUCUCGUCAACUGGCUCGAGAGAGAGAGUCGCAGGAAGCGUGGGGAGGCUUGAGCUUAGGGAACUCUAUGCGCCCUCAUGUCUCCAGACUCGAAAGAGAAAAGGAUGGUGUCGAUGAUCAAAUCAGAAAUUCAGUUUCUCGUCAACAGGCUCGUGAGAGAGAGUUGCAAAAAGCAUGGGGAGGCCUGAGCCUAGGAAACUCUAUGCGCCCUCACAUCUCCAGGCUUGAAAGAGACAAGGCUGCCUGGCUUAAAGCUGAAGAAGAGGAGAGGACAAGUGGAAUGGUUGAAGUGUGAGGUUCAGAACUA